GCUGACGUCGCAGCAGCGCGAUGCGCUGUAUGGCACGUGAAAAUUGAUGUAUAUAUCAAAUUUUAUCGGAAUUUGAUGAUAUCGAUACUGAUACGCGUGCUUCACUAAGAAUAAUUACAUCCAAUUGGUUAAUUUAAUAUUAUCAUGCUUUUGAGAAGAGUUUAAUUUUAUAUACGACACGUAACUUUAUCCCGAGCAGUCUUAUAGGUUAAUCUUGAAAGUUGACAGGGCAAAAAGAUGUAUUUUAAUGUCUGUCAACGAUUGACACGAACUUGUGUCAGACAAAUACAUACCAGCGCGUCGAGAAAUUUAAUGAAAAAUUAUUCUGACGCCUCGUUUAAAAAAAAAUUACGCUCUACUACCUUAUACUGGACCGGAGUUGGUGUUCUGAUAGUUGGAUUGAGUUACUCUGCAGUGCCUUUGUACAGGAUGUUUUGCCAGUCAUAUAGUUAUGGUGGAACAAUAUCAGCUGGUCAUGAUGCUAGUAAAGUGACCACAAUGUCACCUGUUAAAGAUAGGAAGAUUAAAAUUAAAUUUAGUGCGGAUACAUCGGCAUCGAUGCUAUGGAACUUUAAGCCGCAGCAAAUAGAAAUUACGGUUGUUCCUGGAGAAACAGCUUUAGCGUUUUACACAGCCACAAAUCCAACCGAUAAACAAGUUAUUGGAAUAUCUACAUAUAAUGUUUUACCUUUUGAAGUAGGACAAUAUUUUAAUAAAAUACAAUGUUUUUGUUUUGAAGAACAAAUGCUUAGCCCACAUGAACAAGUUGAUAUGCCGGUGUUCUUCUAUAUUGAUCCAGAAUUCGCAGAAGAUCCAAAAAUGGAAUUUGUUAAUGAAAUAGUUUUGUCUUAUACAUUCUUUGAAGCUAAACCAGGAUUUAAGCUGCCUAUACCAAGCUAUGCCAGAAGUCAUUCAGUAAAGUAAAAUCUUCUCUGUGAUAAAGACACUCCUCUCCGAUAUGUAAAGGUCCUUCAAUAUCUCGUAUUGCCUUUUCUAAGACACUUCGACAAUCUUGAAGUCUCUCAAUUUCUUGAAGCAUUCUCUCCAGUUCUGAUACCACUUCAUUACGCCAAAAGGUAAUGUCGUUUAUCCUUUCACCAAGUCUUCGACUGGUAUCAUAUUGACCAUGUUGUAUCUUCUCCU